GCAUGCAUAUAUAGGAAUAGGAAUAGGAAUGGAUAACAAUUAGCCACGUUGUAAACAACCGGGGACUGCCACGUGGCACUCUUUGAACUGCUCAACGUGUCUUUCUUUCCCAGCCUCUGCAAAACCCAAUCAACGUCGAAAGCAAGCGCGCGUAUGGCCAUUCUCCGCUGCACAUUGACACCAACACUUCCAUUUCUUUCUCUGAAAACCACCGUCACCGCCGCACCCAACUCCACGUUAACAUUCCUAUUACAAACACGAACUCGCUUCCCCGCAGCCAUGACCUCCAGUUCCGAACCCGUGACUCUUCACCAGGUGCCAGAGCAAGAUGCCAACAAUAACAUCAUCGACCAAACAUUUCGAAAGUACACCUCCAACAACGCCAAGAGGAGUGGCAAAGGAACCGCCAUUGUUUGGUUCAGGAACGAUCUCAGAGUGUUGGAUAAUGAAACUCUUUAUAAAGCAUGGGUUUCCUCUGAAACUUUGUUACCUGUUUACUGUGUUGAUCCUCGACUCUUCGCCACCACUUAUCACUUCGGAUUUCAGAAAACUGGGGCAUUGAGAGCCCAAUUUCUCAUCGAAUGCUUGGCUGACUUGAGGGACAAUUUGAUGAAACGGGGAGUUAAUUUGCUAAUUCGACACGGAAAGCCUGAAGAUGUUCUUCCUUCUCUUGCAAAAGCUUUUGGAGCUCAUACAGUCUAUGCGCAGAAAGAAACUUGUAGUGAGGAGCUAAACGUUGAAAGUUCAGUGAUCAAGGGACUUCAACAAGUGGUGAUACCACCUGAGCAAUCCGCGGGUCUUAUAAAUUCAAGCAAUCACCCCAAGUUGCAAUUUAUUUGGGGCACCACCAUGUACCACCUUGAUGAUCUCCCUUUUGAUGCCGCUUGUUUGCCGGAUGUUUAUACUCAAUUUCGUAAGACUGUUGAAGCCAAAUGUACCGUACGCUCAUGCAUUAAACUUCCAGCAUCUCUUGGACCUCCUCCCCUAAUUGAGGAUUGGGGAAGUCUUCCUUCGCUGGAGCAGCUGGGACUUUGCUCACAGAAUGUUAGCAAAGGGAUGAAGUUUGUGGGGGGUGAAACUGCGGCAUUAAGCAGAGUAUAUGAAUACUUUUGGAAAAAGGAUUUGCUAAAGGUAUAUAAAGAGACCCGAAAUGGGAUGUUAGGGCCUGAUUAUUCUACUAAAUUCUCCCCCUGGCUUGCCUCAGGAAGUUUGUCUCCUCGCUUCAUUCAUGAAGAGGUGAAGAGAUAUGAGAAUGAAAGACUAGCCAAUAGUUCUACCUACUGGGUUUUGUUUGAGUUGAUAUGGAGGGAUUACUUUCGGUUUAUAUCGGUGAAAUAUGGAAAUUCACUUUUCCAUUUAGGUGGCCCUAGGAAAGUUCAGAAUAGAUGGAGCCAAGACAGGAAAUUGUUUGAAUCCUGGAGAGAUGGUUGUACAGGGUAUCCUCUGAUAGAUGCCAACAUGAAAGAACUAUCAACUACAGGGUUUAUGUCAAACCGAGGACGGCAGAUUGUAUGUUCCUUUCUAGUCCGUGACAUGGGCAUAGAUUGGCGCAUGGGAGCUGAAUGGUUUGAGACAUGUCUUCUGGAUUAUGAUCCAUGCUCUAAUUAUGGAAACUGGACUUAUGGAUCAGGAGUUGGAAAUGAUCCAAGAGAAGACCGUUAUUUCAGCAUCCCAAAACAAGCACAAACAUAUGACCCUGAAGGUGAAUAUGUUGCAUACUGGUUGCCACAGUUACGAACUAUCCCAAAAGAUAAAAGGAACUUUCCUGGAAAUUUAUACAUUCGUCAAAUUGUGCCUCUCAAAUUUGGAACAGCUAGUCCUAGUAGACACCAUAAGGAGGACAAGUCACAUGGUGCAAGAAGAUCCAAUGAUAGAGGAGGUGAAAGAAGAUGGAACAUGAGGUGAAUUGAGAAGGAAAGGAGAAAUAUGACACUCUUGUCAAUUGUCAUUAUGUGUUCCACUGCUUGUCUGCUUUAUACCUUCCUCAAUUGAAAUCAUUAUCCUAUAAUAGCAUAGGCUUUGCCUCUCGAUUGUAAAAAAUAGUUUGGCCUUUGUUGAAAUUAUGCUGAGAGUAGAGACGCUCAUUAACCCUCAUUUAUUAGUUAAAAUUCAUCAGGAUCAUACAAAUUUGAGAGUGAGAUUCACUUAAUUUAGUGGAUUUUAUAUGGAUUUUAACAAAUAAAUGAGAUUGUUGAAUAGUGAGUGUCAAAUUGAGUGUUUGAUGACA